GAGCUUCAAGGAAAGAUGUGACGUCACUGUCUGUUGUGGAAGUCAGAAGUGGGGCUGAAGUCGGUCAAGCUCGGUUAAAUACAACAAACUGCAUCUUUGUUACCGGUGUCGUUGUAGAGAUACGGCGUACUCAGUUGCCAGAAGACCUAUUAUAAUUCGCUUCGUCUCGGAAGUACAGAGAUCUGUGGUUGAAUUACAUCACAGCCAUGCACGCGGUGACACUAAGAGGCCUGAUGUGGAUAUGGAUGCUGUUUCUGUGGUGUGCAUCAUGUAACUGUGGACCAGAUCCCGGGAAGCGGGAAGCUCUGUUAAGGCUGGAAGCGUCUAGACGGACAGGAGGCAGUAUAACACUGAACGAGAGAGAGAAACUGCUUGACACAAAGCUUCAGAAACUGAAGCAGCAUGAUAUGGAAGCAGGAAACUUCCCACCGUCCAUGCAUUUCUUCAAGGCUAAGCGCUUCAUCGAUCAAAGUCCUGUGUUUAGUUUGCUUCAGAAGAUGCCUAAAGGUGCUGCCCUGCAUGUUCAUGACUUUGCUAUGGUGGGUGUGGAUUGGCUGGUGAAGAAUGUGACCUACAGAGAGAACUGCUACGUGUGCUUCACAGAUGAGCAGACCGUGCAGUUUAUCUUCUCCUCUGGACAGCCUGCAUCUCGUCCACACUGCUCCUCAUGGACUUUGCUCAGAUCCCUCAGGGAGAAGAUUAAAAACAGCACUGAUUUGGACAACAGUUUCAUUCGAAAUCUCACGCUCUUCACCGAGGACCCAGACAGAGCCUAUCCUAGCCAAGAUAUUGUGUGGAAGAGAUUUGAGCAGGCAUUCUUGGUGGCCUACGGGUUGGUCACCUAUGCACCUGUGUUCAAAGACUACCUCUAUGAAGGUCUCAGACAGUUUUAUGAGGACAACAUCAUGUAUGUGGAAAUCAGAGCGCUGCUGCCAGCGACAUAUGAACUUGAUGGCAGAUUUAAUAACAAGGACUGGAGUAUGAGGGCCUGCCAGGACGUUGUGAAAAGAUUUAAAGAAAACUUCCCAGACUUCCUAGGAGCUCGAGUCAUUUUUACCGUCCACAGGGGUAUAAAUGCAACUGAGGCGGUGAAGACAGUAGAGGAAGCAAUGACACUACACAGGAACUUUCCAGAUAUCAUGGCAGGCUUUGACUUUGUAGGACGGGAAGACCUCGGAAGACCUCUGUGGUACUUCAAGAACGCUCUGAGUCUACCUGAAGAGAGGGGUGUUAACCUGCCAUACUUUUUCCACGCAGGAGAGACAGAUACACAGGGAACAGAUGUUGAUCAGAACCUCAUGGAUGCUCUUCUAUUCAACACCACACGUAUAGGUCAUGGUUUUGCUUUGGCACGCCAUCCUGUAGUUAAAGAGUUGUCUAGAAAGAUGGAUGUACCUAUUGAAGUCUGUCCAAUCUCAAAUCAGGUGUUGAAAUUGGUCUCAGACUUGCGGGACCACCCAGUGGCAGUACUGAUGGCUGAGGGUCAUCCUGUAGUGAUCAGUUCAGAUGAUCCAGCUCUGUUUGGGGCCACUGCCCUUUCACACGAUUUCUACGAAGCCUUCAUGGGCUUUGGAGGAAUGAGCUUUAAUUUAGGCACAUUGAAAGAGCUGGUCAUAAACUCCCUCAGGUACAGCUCACUGCCAAGUCAAACUAAGAAAAAGGCUAUUGAGGUAUUGCUGGUAAAUUGGGACAAGUUUGUCUUGGAAAGUUUACUGUAGACUACUUUAACAGGUAGUUUGUAAAUCAGGAGGUUUUAAGCAUGCUCUAAAGGCAUUUUUUACAGGAUGUUUUCCCCAUUUGUUUGUCAUAUUGGUGAACAUACUGGGGUGUGGAUACUGCAAUUUAUGCUGUUACUUGGUGUGAGGAAUUGAAUGUAUUCUCUUGAACUGGCCUGUGCUGCCAUCUGGUGCAGAAUCUGUGUACUGAUCAUCUGUACUUCCAUUGAAACAAAAUGGAGGACUCUAGUGCUUGCACCUUCAGGCUGAUGACAGCAGUUUUGUGUGCAAUUCUGUGAAUUCAAGACACCUGUUAAACAACAAAACUGUGAUGUACUGUCAAUUAAUUCUUUUAUUUGAAAAAGUAGUUAUUAAAGGAAUAGAUUAACCCCCCAAAAACAAAACAUUGGCUAAAAAUUUACUCUCCUAGAUGAGUUUGUUUCUUCAUGUUGCUCAUCAUUAGAUCCUCUGCAGUGAAUGGGUGCCGUCAGAAUGAGAGUCGAGACAGCUGAUCAAAACGAUUAUCAACAAGUAAUCCAUAAGACUCAAGUAAAGCAAAAAGUUGCAUGUUUGUAAUAAAUCCAUCAAUACAAUGUUUUAACUGAAAACAGUUUCUCCCAGCUAAAAUCCUUUAUCCAUAAUAUUGCUUUCUCCAGUGAAAAUGUCUGAAUCAGGAGAGAAAUACGCACAGAUCAAGCACCAGUACAAGCAGGGAAAAAAAGUCCUAAACAAACAGUUCUAAACAAAUAUGUCAGUGGAUUUUGAUAUAAGAGGACAAAAGGGAAUAGACUUUUCACUGGAAAAAGCAUUAUUAUGGAUUAUGUAUUUUGGCCAGAAGCUAAGGUUUAAAGUUAAAUUUCUUGAUGGGUUUGUUUCUAACAAACACACAGCUUUUUGCUUCACAAGAAGUUAAUUGAUGGACUGGAGUCAUGUGGAUUAUUGUGAUGUUUUUAUCAGCUGUUUGGACUCUCAUUCCGAUGGCACCCAUUCCCUGCAGAGGAUCUAUUAUUGAGGAGGUGAUUUAAUGCUAAAACAAGCCUGUUCCAAUGAAGAAACAAACUCAUCCAAAUUUUCACUUAAAUUUUGGGUGACCUAUUCCUUUUAAGUUUUUAAAAGUACAUUUUUACUUCAACAACCUCAGCAGGCUGACUUUAGUUACCUGAUUUCAGUUUUUUAUGAAUAUGCAACUCAUUUUGUUUACAACAUGAAUGUUUUAAAGAACAAGUGUUACAACUCCAUUUGACAUUUGCCAUCUUUACUGACCUAUUAAAAAUUGUGCAGCUUUCCAAAACA